AUGUUCGCCUUUUCAACCGGGAUCAUCGUGGCCAUUUUGGUCAGCCAGUUACAAACCGGGAAUGCGAUGCCGACACCCCAAGUUGGCUAUGGGCAGCCCGUCAUCUACACUAACGUCAACGGGAGACCAGUCAUAUUGCAACAAGUCGCCGUCCAAACAUUCCCCGGCCAACCAAUCCCCGGACAGUUCGCCGGCCAGCAAUUCCCCGCACAAUUCCGAAACAUCUGA